GGAGGGGUCAAAUCAAUGUUGUUUUUUUUUUAACUAAGAGAAACUGGCACUAUUCACAUCAGUAAGACAUCUUCAAACGUUGAAUUUCACAGGAGCCGUAGAGCAGUAAAGAUUACAGCUUUAAGUUUCAAUUUUCCUCAUUCUUGUCGCUGUCGGCUUUUGCUUCUAUUACUUAUGACUGCAUGCCUGUCAAACUAAUUGAAGAAACUUAGGAGUGUGUUCUAGUGUGGUAGUUGCUGUCCAGGUAGGCCACAAAUCCAAGCUGUCGCAGGAAUAAAUUGAUUUCAAACAAUCCACGAGUUAAGUGCCAUUUAUUAUUUGGACAGCAAAGGGGGAAAGUAAUAUAUGGCACGUUUCCCCCAAACAAUAUGUACUCUAUGGAGCUGCCAUUCUUACGUGCACCCAAGUUAAUGGAGUAAAGAAACGCUUGAAUAGCAUUUUGUUGUUUUCACAGUUUUUCCUCUACACUUGCCCAUGGGGGGGGUGAAAGCAAAUUGCCUCUCAACAAACUUGAAGGUGGGAGUGUAGCAAACUUAUCUCAAACAUGAUUUAAAGUUGAUUACAGAAGGUGCUCAUUUGGAGCUAGGAGUUGGUCGCCCGUGACAGUAAAAUAAAACAUUAAAGAGACAUUGAAAUUCAAUAACAAAUGCUGAUCUUUUCCAUUUACUUCCCAGUAACCUUGUAUGUGUAACCGCUGGAACACACGUUUAGAAAACGAUGCAAAGAAAAGUGAUGGGUUUGAACGAUUGAUUGGUAAGAAUUUAAAAAUAAAUUAUAUUUGAAACAUAAAAAUGAUAGUACAGUUGUGUUCAGAAAUAAAAAGUGUGUUUAAAACUUUGGGCAAAGCUCAAAAUUUGUCUAUAUGUGGACUGAUGAACAUAAGACUUUUCGAGAUAUUUUUGUAAAUUUUUCCAGCUUUAUAUAACUAAACCUUAAUCGUAGGUCUUCUGAUAGCUCUUUUGAGCGAGACAUGAUACACAUCAGGCAAUGCUUCUUGCCAAGAGACAAUUCUAAACUGGUCUGUGUUUUGUAGUGGCCAUAGCAUCCUUAAGCCACACCGCCAAUCUUGACUCAUUGAUUGGACUCCAGGUUGACUCACACCUGCCUCUGAUUAGCUCUUGGAGGAUCCAAAGCCAAGAGAUUCACUUAGUUUAUAUAACACUGUACUAACAGUUAGAUUUCAGCUUUUCCAUUUGUGUUGGUACAGUUAUAGUAAAGACCCUUAGGGGUCUAUAAUAAUGGUGGACCAGCCAGGACACCUCUCAUGUUGCGUAGCAUUAGACCCUAAUGUUUAUUUCAAGACAUUGUGUUACUAAACAGUUAUUUACUGUUACUGUUAGGCCAGUGAAUCCAUUGACUUCUACUGACUUGGUCUUAGCAUGUUUACAGCUGUUGAUUUGUAUUUACUAUAGUAGCUUGGAAGUCAAUUACAUUAUAGCUGCGGGAGGAGCCUUUAAGGCAAACCAAAACACAAUUAUUCCUUACCUCUUUUUAAGAUACAGAUCUGCAGCUGCUCAAGCAAAGAGGUCACUGAUUUUACUUCAUUGGAUUUUGGUGAGUGAUGAAAGGAGACUUGUUCUUUUUUAAGGGGUAAAGCUCUGGGGUAAAUGCAGUGGACGUUCCUCGGAGAGCAUCAACACGACCAGCACAUUUUUCUCGAGAAAGUGUCACCAUAAAGAUGUCAUAAGGUAACGGUCUCAUCUGGCCAUGCCGCUCUGUCGGCACGACACAGAGGAGUGGAUCGCGGUGUCGGUUCGACGUGAACACACAGUGGAAAAGGUUGUGGGCCUAGCUCAGCUCAGCUUCUGGCUAGCAGAUGUCAUGGCUAGCCAUAUGUUUAAAUAAUAUAAUAAUACUAACGGAACUUUUAGCAGCUUGUGCCAGGCUCUUUAGCUGAAGCCGAAGCCAUGACAAAUGCUAUUAUUAAUGUUUUUAUAGCAUAAUAAUGUUGAUUGUUCAAGCUUUUAAGUUUUGCAUGUGUCUGUGUUCAUCAUUUUGAUUUCGUCAUUAUAUCCGGCUCAACCAUGACUGCGUUGCGUGGCCUGCACUGAAAACAAGGUUGACACCCCUGGUACAGUGUCAAAGUGAAAUACAGUGGAACCUCUAAGGUCAACAAUCCAUUUUCGAAUCCAUUUUUCCCCAAGGAAAUAUUUGAAACAGUCACCGUAGAAACUUUUAAUAACUGUCCUGGCAAUGUUCGAAAGGAGACAUAUGCAUUUUUUUCCCAAAUGUCUUAAUAAAAGAUCUCUGUUAUUCUUAUGUUAACAUACACGAAGGAUAACAAAUUACAGCAAAGUUAACAUUGACUUUUCACAGUCUUAUGCAAAUGCUGACUGCAACUUUCUUUUUAAGCGAUCUGCAACAAAUCCUAGAGAAGAUUCCUCUGCAUCCGGACUACCAAUGAAUGGCAUAUCUGUGAAUGUAUAUGCCACCCCUGAAAUGUUCACGCUGUUCUCCUCCACAGGGAUGUGUUUGAUUUCUGGAAGCCCGGCCACACUAAUGACACGGCCUGCAGUCAUUGGCGGGCUCUUUGACACGCGAUGGAGAGCUGGGAAAAGCAUUUAGCCGUCAGCGUUUUGCUUCUCGGAUGCUGCUGUGUGGUGUUUUUAGAGACCUUUUUGAUUGCGGCAGUCAGGAAAAAGACAAAAACAGAAAACAGAUGAUGACUGAGUGAAGAUUGUACAUAAGAAGAAGAACUCAAAGGGAAAUUGGACUCCACACCCCCCCCAAAAAUAAAAUGCUACAUAUUUUCUUGUAAACGGCUUCCAAAAAAAAUUAAGUUAAAGCAAUUCAAUAUUUGAAUAGCCAAAGUGACUUUCUGGUUGGCUGAUUUCUCUAUUGAUGAUGAGGAAACAAGAAAGGCUGCACAUAGUCAGUAUUAACAAAUAAUAUAGGCAUAUAGUCCAAAAACAAUGUGUUGGGUGUCCUUAACAAAAGUGAUUUUUUUUUUUUUGCGUUGAAUCAUUAUGUUUGAGCAAUAUAGCAAGCGGUUUGAUCAUUUAUUCAAUAGCCUACUAGUGCGCUGAAUUGUCCAUGUACAAGUACAUCCUUUGUCCUCACUAGUAAGGCAAUAGUAGUAGAACUAGUGCACUAGUUGACAAUUGAGUGAUACUAGUACAACUUGUGACAUACAAUUCUACUAGUUAUCAUCAAGCUAGUAGUACUAGUAGCGUGAAAAUGUCAACUACUACAGUUUUUCCUCAGGAGUAGCAUUAAUUUGUUCUUGUGCACUACAUUGUCUUACUAGUGAGGACAAAGCGAGUACUAAUACAUACACAAUUGGAUAUUGACUAAAGGUUCAAACGUCUUUCCAUUGACCAACAUUAUACAACAAAAAUAUUAAUGUCAACACUUUUUUGAGGUAUGCUGAGAAGUCUAUAGUGUGAGACUAUCAAUGCUUAUCUGCAUUUUCUUACAAGCCCUCAAAAAAAAAAACUUUGUCACAGAUUGAUGUGGAAGCGUCUGCCAUAAAAAUAUUACGUCAAUAUAAAGUCAACUUUUUUUAUGGCGUGAAAAAUAACAGAUCAUUUUGUAAGAGGAAAUUCAGUUUCUCAGCGAAUAAACUGGUUUUCUAAAAUGUAAUUACUGCACAUACUGUAGUCUCCAUGUAUUUGGUGUGUACCUUUCAGGGGCGUGGCUUAGAAGCGAGUUGUGGUCUACGGCAGAUCUUUUCAAGGGUUUUCAAGUUGUAUUUGUGUUUGAUAGUUUGUCCCAUUCAAUAAAUGGUUGAAUAAGGAACUGUGGCUCUCCUGGUCCACAUGUGAGGGCAUUACAGUAUCUUAAUUGCCCCAUUUCAUUUUUAUCAGAAGGUCACUCUUACCUCAAACUUUGGCUCAUAAUACAAAGCAAAAAAAUCAAUCUGGCACUGGCUUGUAACUCAAAAAAACUGAUGUUGGGGGCCUCAUAAGACAAGGUACAGUACCACUCUUUUCCCAAUGGGGUAAAAAUGAUUCUAAAUCCUGACCAAUUGGAGGCUGAUGUGCAUUCCAGAACAGAUUGUGUUUGACGUUGCAGGUUCCACUGUACAAAUGAUGAAAGUUGAUUGAAAGAGAGAGAAGAAAGACCAUUGGCCCCAGUAUGGUGCCCUGAGAAACCCCAGUGUUUAGGUUCUGGACAGAGUUCCCCUUUUUGAGAUGUGGUCAGAUGUGAGGUUGGUGUAAGCUUGCAGUCGUCUCGUCUCACACAGCAACAUGAAGUCUGUGCUGGACGCUGUGGCCGACACCACCUUCCGGACUAUCACCUCUGGUUUACAAUAUCUGGGCUCCAACGACGCCAACUACGAUGAGCCCGUCAGCGAUGUGGACUUCAAGGGCGUCUUCUCCCUUCAGAAGCCUCUGUCCUCCUUUCGCAGUAACGCCUUCCCUGACAAGAUCCCCCCGGACGAGGAGCUGAUCCUGAGGGGCUUCUACCCCACCAAUGCCACAGAGCUCUUGUCCAACCGGAGCACGUUCCGGGACGAGGGCAACAAUAUACAAUGCGGGGAGAACUUCAUGGACAUGGAGUGCUUCAUGAUUCUGACCCCCAGCCAACAGCUGGCCGUGGCCGUCAUGUCACUCACGCUCGGGACCUUCACGGUCCUGGAGAACCUGGUGGUCCUCUGCGUGAUCCUGCAGUCGCGCACCCUCCGCUGCAGGCCGUCCUACCACUUCAUCGGCAGCCUGGCCGUGGCCGACCUGCUGGGCAGCGUCAUCUUCGUCUACAGCUUCUUGGACUUCCAUGUAUUCCACCGGAAGGACAGCCCCAACGUGUUUCUCUUCAAGCUGGGCGGAGUGACGGCGUCGUUCACCGCAUCCGUGGGCAGCCUCUUCCUCACCGCCAUCGACCGCUAUAUCUCCAUCCACCGGCCUUUGGCCUACAGGCGCAUUGUGACCCGGACCAAGGCGGUCAUCGCCUUUUGCAUGAUGUGGACCAUCUCCAUCGUCAUCGCCGUGCUACCUCUGCUGGGCUGGAACUGCAAGCGCCUCAUGUCUGUGUGCUCCGACAUAUUCCCCCUGAUCGACGAGAACUACCUGCUCUUCUGGAUCGGGGUGACCAGCGUGCUGGUUCUUUUCAUCAUCUACGCCUACAUCUACAUCCUGUGGAAAGCGCACCACCACGCCGUGCGCAUGUUGAGCCGCACCUCCCAGAAGAGCCUGGUGGUGUACUCUGCGGAUGGCACCAAGGUGCAGAUGACGCGCCCCGAGCAGGCCCGCAUGGACAUCCGCCUGGCCAAGACCCUGGUGCUCAUCCUGGCGGUGCUGGUCAUCUGCUGGGGUCCCGUGCUGGCCAUAAUGGUCUACGACCUCUUCUGGAGGAUGGACGACGACAUCAAGACGGUGUUCGCGUUCUGCAGCAUGCUCUGCCUGCUCAACUCCACCGUCAACCCCAUCAUCUACGCCCUGAGGAGCAAGGACCUGAGGCAUGCCUUCCUCAACUCGUGCCACGCCUGUCGGGGCAGCGGCCAGCAGCUGGACAACAGCCUCGAGUCGGACUGCCAGAACCGCAACGCCAACAUCUCGGCCAACAGGGCCGCCGAGAGCUGUGUGAAGACCACUGUGAAAAUAGCCAAAGUAACAAUGUCCGUGUCCACGGAGACUUCUGCGGAAGCUGUCUAAUUGGCUAUCAAGAGUGGAGGAAAGUGGGUACAUGUCAUGUUUCUUGUCAUUUCACAUUUAAAAAAAACCUGAUUUGGGGAAAAAAUGACAUUUUAGUUAGCCUAUAUUAUACUGGAGCAGAUAAUUGUCCGUUUGAUAACAUACUGUAAGCAUGAAAUUUGGCAGAAAUACUCAUUUCGAUAAGAAAAAAGUGCUAGUUUUCUUUGCCAUUACUGAAAGACAUAAAGAAAUACUGGAAAAAAAAAGAUAUGAUAGGUACAGUAUAUUUACUGGGUCACUGAUGGUGUAGUGCUUCAGGGUUCAGUUCCCACUCAGUGACGGUACCAUUGUGAAUUUGAAUGGUUUCCUAUACACCAUGUGAUAGGCGGUUGACCAGUUCAGGGUGGAGUCCAGCUUUCCCUUGAAGUCAGUUGGGAUGGGCUCCAGUUCCCCGUGACCCUGAACACGAUAAGCAGUGUAGACAAUGGAUGGAUGGAGCUUUAUUAGACCAUUGUUUCCCAACAUUUAUUGAGGCACAUAUUUUACACUCGAAAAACCUCACGACACAGCGCCAAACAAAAAUGUCACAAAAAGUAUAUAAUGAAUCUCUCAAUCACUGUUUAACAUAGUGUUUAACCCACUGUGGGUCAAAGUUAGAUGCUUGUCAUCUCAUAAAUAAGACAACUGAGGUUCUUUUUCAAGAACAUUCGUUUUCCGAUGCGAUGACGGCGUCAUUUUGAUAGCGAGCACUUUUUUUUUUUCUUAAGAAGUGACUUUCCAUGCUUGAAUUCUAUGCUCAUACGUAUCAUCAACGGAAUGAUUCUGCCCAAAAAUCAAAUUCUGCUCCAUUGUUAGUGUGUGAGCACAGUGUGUGCCCAAGUGCCAAAUGGUAUUACAAGGUCGUAUAUAGACUUGAAGGAAUUCUGCAAUUAACUUUCGUGAUAGUCCAAUUAGUGAAUGCAUUUUAUAUUUUUGUACUGUGACUUCAGGUUUUGGAAACAAUGUUAUCUUCACGUUGGGAAAAAGGGGCUACUGACAUUUUGAAUUUCACACGUCUGACUGUGUGCCAUUGGCACCAUGAAUUCAAGAAAACUUUCUCUUGCUGUCUCUCUCACUCUCGCCUUGACUUUCUCACAGGCUUUCACGUACAGACAUUUUCUGUUAUUAUUAGGACAGGUCACUUUUUUUUAAUACUUCUGACAACACUCAAGUGAGUGAGUGGCGGGUGUGCCAGGAGAGUGUGAAAUGAAACAAGUGGUGAUUUGUGCAAUGUAAAAAAAAAAAAAAAAAAAAAAAAAAAAACAGUGCUUUUAACUCGAGAAACAAAUGUCAAUGCAGCUUUUUGGAAUAUACGCUAAAAACGAAAGAUUUUUCCAAAAAAGUGGUGACGAUCACCAUUGUAUAAUUGUAUACAUUUGUUGACUUGCUCGCCGUUAGCGAGUGUAGAGUAUCACAAUCAUCAACCGUACAGUGUUGUAAUGCGGAAAAUCGUGGUGCAAUUAGGGAGGGGCAUUUGACUAGGGGGGGAAAUUAACAAUAAUUGUUUUAAAUAUAUAUUUCGAGCCGAAGGAAAUGGGGCCAAAGGAGUUGUGCUCAUGGCGUGGAUGUACAGUACUGUCCUCCAAAUUGCCAUAGCGUACCUCUUCUUCUUCUACCACAUACUACUUGAGAAUGAAUCAACAGCGCCUCUGCUGGUUGCUUCCUGGCGCUGACCUCUUGACCUCUCUAUCGCCUGUGAUUGCCAUUCAUCAACGAUCACAAUUGCCAAUCCAACAAAUGAUUUCCAAUGCCCAUCCCUAGUUCGCAUCCAAAGGCUCAGCUCUGCAGUCCAGCUUGAGGGUGGCGGGGAAAUUCUGAACAUUCAAAAUGAGUUAAGACACAGUGUGUGCUGGUCACAACUGUGCGAGCUGGCGGUCAUCUCGUGUCUGCUUUUACUAGAUGUGAUACCUCGUGACUUGGUGAUAUAGUUCCAACCCAAAGCCUUUAAUGAAUCAUUACAGUGAGUUGUGUCCAGUGCUAAUGUUGCAGAAGAGUGUGGGGUCUCUUUUGUCAAAGUUUUUUUUUUUUUUGCAUAAAAGCCACCCAUGCACAGUCCUGUAGUGAAGUACUCUUAGCGAAAUAGAAAUAUUGUCUGCUGUUCAUUUUAUGUGUGUAAAUAAAGAAAUGGAUGAGGGGAGUGUUCACACUUUCAAAUUAAUUUCAGAAAAUGUGAUUUGUUUUUUCCCUCAAAUAAGCAAUGUAGUGCUUUUUAAUUUAUUAGAAUCUGACAGCACAGUUGUUCUUCUGUAGGUUUUUCUAUUACUGUGACGCUAUCCAUGACAGCUGUGUACCAGUGAAUGCUUCUGCUGCUUCGUGUAUUCUUGAAUAGUGAAGAUGAAAAAAAAUGUCAACGCUCAAGUGGCUUUCUGUACAGUAGUGGCAAAAUGACAAAACAACAAAAAAAGUCACAAUCGGUCAAGUGUUUUUAGUAUUACUGUUUCAAUAAAGUCGCAGCUGAUUGUCAA